UUAAAAUGAAAAUGAAGGGAACCGUCUGGUGAAACUACGUACCUGGGAGGCGGUGGUGAAGCUGGAGGCCUCAUGAGGAACAUUACGGACAACAGAGGAGGUGUAUAGUAGAUACGGCCAAACGGCGAUCGGGCCAGACAAACAGACUCUUGAAAUUGCGGAGAGCCGUGCAGUGCAGUGGUCACCGAGUCGUCGUCAGUGGUGAACGGAUAGUGUUGUGACCGGACGACAGGUAAAAAAAACGGACGUUAAAAUUUAAAUCGCGAAAAAAAAUUAAAAGUUGCUCUUUUUUUUUCAUAUUGUGAUAAGAAAAUAAUUUCAAUUUUGAAAAUCUAAUAAAAUUAAAAAAAAAAAAAAAAAUAGAAAGGAAUAAUAAAAAAAAAAAGUACUAAUAAUAAAAAAUAGAAACAAAUUUUUUAAAAAAAUUUUUAGUUUAGCAAAAAUAACAAAAGGACGAAUGCCUCCCUCAGGACCUUGAGGGAGAGGAAGAAGGAAGACGCGACGAUCCGCAGGACGAAAAGAAACAAGUGGAAAAUUUCCGCGCGGCAAUGUUGUUUCGUCAGGAUGGGACUCGUCGAGUCCUCAUUAUUUAUUGUUCCUGGCUAAUGAUAUUUAGUGUAUUGCUAUUGGAUAAAGUUGUUGAAAUCAGUGGUAAAAGAAUGAGUGGACUUUAUAUUGACAAUGGUUAUGAUCAAACGGUGAUACAUCGAUUGGUAUCACAACAGGAGAAACGUGAAGUCGAGCACGAGAUAUUGAAUCUUCUUGGAUUGCCGGACAGGCCGAAACAUGUCAUUCAUCGACCGCCUCAGGUGAAGAGGUCCGCUCCCAAGUUUCUCUUGGACAUCUAUAAGAAUGCUCUUGGCGAGGACGAGAAUGAGAAUAAACCGGUCGACGUCAAGCAACAAGGAAAGCAUGGCGAGUUCAACUUGUCCGGUCAGGAUCUGCGGGCCAUCGACCAGAGCGAUGUCAUCAUGACGUUUGCCUCACACAAUCAUCAUGUUGCUGGAGUGAGGCACGAGAGAGGAAAGAGGCUUUGGUUUGACGUGUCGGAAGUGCCACCGGAAGAGCAGAUAAUUGGCGCAGAACUUAGACUCUAUCGCAAUAUAACAACGAUGAAACAUCGUCGAAGUCGAGGAUCAUUUACAAUUACAGCCUAUCGUGUUUUUCGCACCAAGAAAGGUCAACGAGAAUUACAAUAUGUUGAUUCAGUAAAUACAACAGUGAAAAAUGGUUGGAUUUCACUAAAUGUGAGUGCACCUCUUCAACAUUGGGUCAACAAUCGAGAAGGAAAUCAGGGUCUCUAUCUGUCCGUCCAUCCUUCUGAUCGAUCAAUGCACGAGAUGAAACCAGAGGAGAUUGGAAUUGUUGGAUUUCGAGGUGAUGCUGAUAAACAACCGUUUAUGGUUGGUUUUUUCAAAAGUUCGGGAGUUAGAGAAAAAAAAUUCAGACAAAAACGAGACGCCAGGAGGAAAAAGAAAAGCGAUUCAUCGAGUUUGGAGUAUCGUAGUAAUCCCUAUAUAGAUGCAGCGACUCAGUACAAUUCAAGAACAUGUAAAAUACAAACCCUUUACGUGAGUUUUCGUGAUCUCCAAUGGCAGGAUUGGAUUAUCGCACCCGAUGGAUAUGACGCUUACUAUUGCAGUGGGGAAUGUAAUUUUCCUUUAAAUGCACACAUGAAUGCAACAAAUCAUGCCAUAGUUCAAACACUUGUGCAUCUUGUAAAUCCUGGUAAAGUGCCAAAACCAUGUUGUGCACCAACAAAACUCUCGGCAAUUUCCGUUCUCUAUUUUCUCGACGAGAGUAAUGUUAUUCUUAAAAAAUACAAAAAUAUGGUCGUCAAAAGUUGUGGAUGUCACUGAAAGAAAAUUUUCUUUUUAAUUUUCAAUUUUAGCAAUUUUUAUUGGUAAUUCUUUUUUUUCUAUUUUUUUUUUUUAAGAAUAAAUAUUUGAAUCCUGAUUUUUCAAGAUAAAAUAAUGUUUAACAUGUACAUAUAUUAUGAUAGUUUAUUUUUAAAUCGUAAAUAUUAAUUAGAUAAGAAAAAAAAACUUUAUUUUAUCUAAAAAAAAUUAAGGAUCUAGAAAUUUUUUUGUAUUUUUAAUUUUUAGAAUUAAAAAAAAGAACUAACAAUUUUUUUUUUUAUAUUUCAAAAUUGACGCGCAAUUUAAAUUUUAUUGUUUACCUUUUUAAAUCUGAGGAAAAAUACUCAUAGAAGUGAAAAAAAAACAUUCCACUGUUAAAAAUAUUUUUUCUUUUUAAAUAUCGAUGAUCAUUGUUUUUUUUUAAAUAAUCAUUUAGCAUUUUUCGAAUUUUACGCUUUACUUAUGAAAGGAAAUUCUUAUUUGUCAGUGAGUUGCUGAUUCUUAAUGCAAAAUGUUUAAAGAAGAAAUUGACAAAAAUUUGAAGAACAAAUAAUAAUUCCAAUGCAAUGACAUUGAGUCGAUUUUCAUUUCUCAAGUUGUUAACAAUUUUACAAUACUGAUUUCUUUUCUAAGAUGCUAAAUGAAUAUUUAAUUAUUUUUUUUUUUUUUAAAUAUUUUUCUAACACUCUAUAUUAUUAAAGUAAUAUAAAAUAUAGUUUUCGAAUGAAAUAACAUAUUUUCUGUUAGAAUCGAUUUUUCAGUCGAUUAAAAAAAAAGAGAGAAAAAUUCAUCAAUCGAAAUCAAUUGCUUCAGUUUUAAUUGAAGUUAAAAUAUGAUUUUUUUAAAAAUAAAUUACCAAAAUCAUUUAUGUACAGACAAAAAAUGUUGAAAAAAAUAUUGUUCAUCAUCAGAGAAAGAAGUUUCAAAAAUUGGUAUUUCUUUUUUUUCUCUGAUAAAAAAAAAAAUAUAUUGUAUUUACUAACUUAUUAUCUUAAGUUAUUUAUAAAUGUUUAUAUACUCAGAUGUUUUUUUUUUAGAAAUAAUAAUAUACGUGUUUUGUAAGAAUUUUGUACGAACUGAAAAUGAAUCUGUGGUUAAGUUUUUUUUUUAUUAUUUUUUUUUUUUUUUUAGUACGAAUUGAUUGUAAAUGCGGCAAAAUUGUUUUUAAGAUUAAUUAACGCUAACAAUCAAUGUAAAUAAAUUUCUGUACAUAGACGUUAAUAAUUUACGUGACACAAAAUAUAGAAUUUGUGCUUUAAACUAUUUUUAUUUUUUACUUUCGUAUUUGUUUUUAAAUUAAUAUUUUUUUUUACCGAUUAUAAUGGGGCUAUUAUACUCAGUGCCAGUUAUUACGAAUUUGAAUGUUGAAAAUAUAAAAUGGAAUUUUUUUUCAAAUUCAUUCGAUUUACUUGAGGGUUUUUGGAGUUUCAUAAAAAUAUAAUUUCUUAAUUAUAAAAUUCUGUAUAUUAAAUCCAUACUUGUAAAUUAUGAUUAUAAAUUAUUAUCUUCUUUAUAUUGAUAUCAUUAAAGUAUCGCAAAAUAUUCCAAAAUCCUCGCGAUUCUCAAAAAAUAUUAAUUUAUAGAUCCCUGUAAAGAAGUAGGACAUUUGUAAUAUGUUGUAAACACUUUUUAAAUUCUAAAUUCAAAAAUUUAUUUAAAAAUUUACAUUAAGAAUUAUAUUGAAAAUUCUAUGUAAAUAAAAUAAAUUAAUUGUAAAAAUAUUCAUAUUUAUGAGAGUAUAAAAUGAAAAAAUUAAAAAUAGUUUCAAAAUUUAUAAAACUUUUUCUCUAAGUUCAUUUAUUUUUUUUUUUUUUUUAGAGUACAAAGACAUGCUAAAAUAAUCUUAAUUCAAAUGAUACUCUUUUUAUGAUGUAACCUCGAUAACGAAAAAGUGAGCAGUUUUUAUUUUUUUUUUUU